AGCCCCGGUCCCCGCUGCCGCCGCACGGUGCGCGGGGCUCCGCCGCUGGCUGCGGGCACGAUGGAGAACGGCUCUGCCGGCGGCAACCAGAGCCUGGGCAGGAUGCCCCGGCAGCCCCUGGAGCUGCAGGUGGUCACCAUCCUGCUGGUGCUGCUCAUCUGCGGCGUGGGCAUCGCGGGCAACGCCAUGGUGGUGCUGGUGGUGCUGCGCACCAAGCACAUGGUGACCCCCACCAACUGCUACCUGGUGAGCCUAGCCGUGGCAGACCUCAUCGUGCUGCUGGCGGCCGGGCUGCCCAACAUCUCCGAAGUGGUGGCUUCUUGGGUGUACGGCUACGCCGGCUGCCUCUGCAUCACCUACUUGCAGUACCUGGGCAUCAACAUCUCCGCCUGGUCCAUCGCCGCCUUCACGGUGGAGCGGUACAUCGCCAUCUGCCACGCCAUCAAGGCACAGCUCCUGUGCACCGUGUCCCGCGCCAGGCGCAUCAUCACCUCGCUGUGGCUCUUCGCCUCCCUCUAUUGCCUCAUGUGGUUCUUCCUGGUGGACACCACCCAGGUCACCUUCUCGGAUGGGGUGCAGGUCAUCUGUGGCUACCGGGUCUCCAGAAGCCUUUACAUGCCCAUUUACUUCUUGGAUUUUGCUGUCUUCUAUGUCAUCCCGCUGGGGCUGGCGACUGUCCUCUACGGCCUCAUUGCCCGCAUCCUCUUCGUGAGCCCCGUGCCCGGCACCCCGCAGCAUUCCUUUCUGGGCUCCCUGCCCCGGGGCAGCUCCCUCAGGCUCUCCUGCCGGGGCAGCAGGGGCGCCCUGAGCUCCCGCAAGCAGGUGACCAAGAUGCUGGCAGUGGUGGUGGCCCUGUUCGCCGUGCUGUGGCUGCCUUACCGCACGCUGGUGGUGGUGAACUCCUUCGUGGACCCUCCGUACCUGAACACCUGGUUCCUCCUCUUCUGCCGCCUGUGCAUCUACCUGAACAGCGCCAUCAACCCCAUCAUCUACAACCUCAUGUCACAGAAGUUCAGGGCUGCCUUUAGGAAGUUGUACAAGUGCCAGGAGAAGAGCGCUGGGCACCCUGCCCCAGCCACCACCGCGGUGUACUACAGCGCUGUCAAGGACUGCUCCCACGACAGCUCUGACCACAACCUCACCGAGCACGAGGAUCUCAGCAGGCUCCCUGCACCUGCAAAGGAGAAUAAACAAAUCCUGUGA